GGCGGCCUCCGCGAUAGCUGAUAUGGGACUCGCUUUCCGCCCUUGCCCGGGUUAGGCUGGGCGGGGUUUGAUCCCGCUGGAAGUUGCGGGGGAGUGAAUCAUGUGAAGGCCAAGCCUUUAUAAAUUUUCCGACAACAGCUCCUCACUUCCCUCUCGGUCAGGCGGUGUUUAGGGGAUGGAGGCUGUGUGUGGGCUCAUGGCCGCCCUCCUGGCUCUGGGGACUCUGUGUGGUGCCGAGCCCGUCAAGUUUCACGACUGUGGUUCUACAGCAACACAAAUGAUAGUGGAUAUCACCCCCUGCCCCUCUCUGCCAUGUGUUCUUCACAAAGAACAAACAUACAGUGUGAACGUCACCUUUACCAGCACAACCUCAAGUCAGACAAGUGAGGCUGUGGUUCAUGGUAUCCUAGCUGGAAUUCCAGUUCCUUUUCAUAUUCCUAAUUCUGAUGGUUGUAAAUCUGGGAUUCAGUGCCCCAUCCAGAAGAAUCAGAAGUACAGCUACAUCAAUUCAUUACCAAUAAAGGGUGAAUACCCAUCAGUUAAGUUGGAAGUUAAAUGGGAGCUGCAAGAUGACAGUAAGACUGAUAUCUUCUGCUGGGCGAUCCCAGUCAAGAUUUCCAGCUGAACCAGAUCACUGAUUACUAACUCCACCACUAGUUGAUUAUUGUAUUUAGAUACUGUGGACAGCUGCGCAAUGGGAAAUUAAACAGAACUUUUUUGAAAUGGAGAUUUUUUCAUAUUUUUUCAAAUUCUUGUAACUUUGGGACAAUUUCUAGAUUAAAAUUGUGAACUGUCCUUGGCUUUAAUACUAAAAUUGGUUUUGUAAAUUAACCUGAUUGUGUCAAUAAAGAGGUUAACUACAA